GAGGGUUCUUCAGGAUUCUGUCUUUGCGGUGCCAGAGCUCUUUCUACGGAGGCAACCGAGGAGGUUACACAGGUCAGCGACCGGUUUAUCAAAUGUAUUAAUCGAUGGAUUCGACUGGGAAGCCCUGGCGCAAGGGACAGUCUAGUUUACUUCACUGUGGACAUACCUCGUCGGGAAUUCCUCGACCAUCGCUGGAACCUGCUGUCAAUCCCAAAGCGUUUAUUGUCAAAGAGGGAUAGCUACAGUAGGAAGCGCUUCCUGGUCACUGUAAACUGCGUCUUUUUUAUUACGACUGGGGAGAUUGAAUGCGGAGGGUUUUCUUUGAAACGGAGCACUGACGCAUUGUGGAGACGACAGACUGGAUUGCCCACCGGCUGCGCUUUGCUAGUAUAGACUACGACUCUGAAUAGAACCACGAUGGAUGUAGUCCGGUUGGAAACCGGGGAGCAUCAUCCGGAAAACGGUUUCGUGUCACUGGAAACGACUUCAACGAGCUUGCUUUCACGUAUCGACGGCGCUGUAUUGCCGUUUCUUGGGGGAUUUGGAAAAUACCAAAAACAGCUCAUUGUACUAACGUGGAUUCCGGCGUUAUUCAUCGGAUUUAGCCAGUUCUCUGAUUAUUUCCUUUUAGCCCAGCCAAAUCAUACGUGCGUACAGCCGACGGCCGGCACAGUGAUUCCGACUGCAAGUUCUGUCUCGUCAUUUGAUGGUCCCAACAGUACCACGGCUGCUCCACAUUUUUACAACAAUGGCACUCGCAAUGAAUCUAGAAGCAUUCUGUGUUUGUGCAACGAGUGGAACUAUGAGCUACGGACGGGGCUCGUACAAAAUGUGGUCACUAAGUGGAAUUUGGUGUGCGAUUCUGCAUGGAAGGUGCACAUUGCCAAGUUCUCUUUACUGGUGGGCUCUAUUUUUGGAUACCUGGUCUUGGGAGUACUGGCUGACUGGUUCGGACGUCGGCCUGUUCUGAUCACCUCCGUCCUGUUCAUGCUGGUUUUCGGGUUGACGGUGGCCUUCUCCAUCAACGUCCCCAUGUUCAGCACGCUGCGCUUCUUCGAGGGCUUCUGUUUGGCUGGCAUCACUCUCUCCUUGUAUGUGCUGAGGAUUGAGCUGUGUCUGCCGAGCUGGCGCUUUCGAAUGACCAUGGUUGCCAGCUUCGUGGUGCUGGCCGGCCAGCUCCUGAUGCCCGGGCUGGCAGCCCUGUGCCGGGACUGGCAGGUGCUCCAGGCCAUCAUCGUCUGCCCCCUCCUGCUCAUGCUGUCCUACAUCUGGAUAUUCCCAGAGUCCCUACGCUGGCUUCUGUCUACACAGCAGUACUGUCGCGCUGAAAAGCUGAUGCACAGAAUCGCCAAGAAGAACAAGGUGGGAGAGUCGCACACGGAUGAGAUAUUCUCAGAAAUUCAACGAGAGGUGCAGAAGAAGCCCAAGAAGACAUGCAUUGUCAAAAUGGUGGGCACCCGGAACCUGUGGAAGAACAUCGUGGUGCUCUGUGUCAACUCUCUGACGGGGUACGGUAUCCACCACUGCUUCGCCCGCAGCAUGGUGGACCCCGAGGCGAACAAGAUCACCAUGUUCCACAACUUCUACGCCGACUACUACACGACGGCGGGCAUCGCGGUGGCUUCCUGCAUGGCGCUGUGCCCGGCCGUGGGCUUCAUGGGCCGGCGGGGCGGGCUGCUCAUGUUCAUGAUCAUCACCGCCCUGGCAUCCCUACUGCAGCUGGGGCUGCUCAACUUGCUGGGAAAAUACAGUGUUCACCUUAAUAUAGAUCAAUCAGAGACGCUGAAUAAGAAUUUCUCCGUUGCGUUCUCCAUCAUCGGCAUGUUCUCGUCCCACGCCGUCAGCAACCUCAGCAUCUUCUUCUGUGCCGAGAUCACGCCCACCGUCAUCAGGGGUGGGGGGUUGGGCCUGGUGCUGGCCAGCGCGGGCUUCGGCAUGCUGACCGCCCCCAUCAUGGAGCUGCACAACCAGAAGGGCUACUUCCUGCACCACAUCAUCUUCGCCUGCUGCACCCUCAUCUGCAUCAUCUGCAUCCUGCUGCUGCCGGAGACCCGCUACCAGCCGCUGCCCGAGAGCAUCACCGACGGCGAGAGCUACUACCGCCAGCCGCUGCUGCCGCCCAAGAAGCCCGGCGAGCAGGACCCCCUGCUCAACAAAUCUGACAACAGGGACCGCCCCCAGGGGCCGGACGCCCCGCCGGGCGUGGGCGAUGACCCCUCGGCCACCGAUGCCGGGUCCCCCUGCCUCACAAACGCCGAGCCCACCUGCGUCGUAGAGGCUACGACACCCUGCGUUAUAAACGCUGAAAUCCCCUGUGUUAAAGACCCAACAGUCACCUGUGAUAUAGAUUCUGAAAUUCCCUGUGUUAAAGACCCAGCAACCCCCUGCGUUAUAGAUGCUGAAAUCCCCUGUGUUAAAGACACAACAGGCCCCUGCGUUACAGACGCUGAGCCCCAAAAUGUUGUAGAUACUGUACCAGCCUGUGUUGGAGAUGGUGCACCCCCUUGCAUCAAAGACACAGUGUCUCCCAAUAUUAAGGAAGUAACACCCCCCAGUGUUACAGAAACAACACUCCCCAGUGUUGUAGAUACUGUACCACCCUGUGGUGGAGAUGGUGCACCCCCUUGUGUGAAAGGCACAGUUAAAGACACCGCCAAUGUUAAGGAAGACACACCCCCCUGCAUAGUAGAUGCCACGCCCUCCGGUAUUAUAGACAGCAGCGUUUCCCCCUCUGUCACAGACAGUACGCCCCCUAAGGGUGACGCUCAGCCCUCUGCUGCGGACACUGCCCUCUCUUCCACUGCCGACAGCGCGCCCCACCACAUUAUGGACGCAACCACCCCCUCCAAGUCAGACCCCACAACACCUCCUCCCCCAGGGAGCACACCCCUCCCUGCUAUGGACGCUGUCCCCCCCUCCGCCACGGAUGCCAGUGGCCCCCACGCCCCGAGUCCUGUCCCUGUCACCACUGCGGACCCCGCAUCGCCGGCGAACAACACCGCCAACCGAGUGACGUCAUCAUGAUUGAACGUUCCGCCACCCCAACAUCAGGCAGGUGGGAGGGGCUCCCCGUGCCGGGCGAUCUUGCGACAGCCUCAGUCUCGGGUCACGUGACACAUUAACCUGGAGGUCGGAGACCGGAGCGGCUCUGACCAAUCGGCAGGAGGUGGGCGUGGCCUGAGCGGGAGGCGGUGACAGACUCAACCCGAAGGGGGGAAUAGGACGGUGACGAUGUCAUGCUACUUCCUGCCUGCGCUGAAUGUCCCUGCUUGUUGUGUGUUGUAUGUGCUGAAUAUUGAAUGUUGCUUUGGAGGUCUGGGCCGUGGAGAAGUCACUGGAGAAGGGAAAGACGAGUAAGAGCAGCCAUGGGCCUGUUUCUGUCUGACACCAAGUGAACAUUCAGACUUUCCAGUGUUAAAUCCAGAUGCAGUAUGACUUGCAAAAUUCAAAUGAGUAUUUCGCCAUGUUUGAGGGUAUAGCUUAAAAUUUCAUUAAAUUUUUAUCAACAUAUUGAGAUUUUAUUAGGAUAAAAACUGCCUCGUACAAUAUGCCCAACAAUAAUGACUGCAGAAGUAUUAAAAGUGCCAUGACAAAGUCCUAACUAAGUUUGGUCUUUCUGAACCCCGGUAUUUAAUGAAGUGAUCUUAGAGUCCCAAGAGAUGGACAAUGAAACCACUAUGGCAGCAGAGGAAUUAUAUGAUUGAUGAGAGAAAAUUAGCUAGUUUAUCACAUACACGCAUAGCCAAUACAGCUAACCUGUGGACCUGUUCGUGUUGAAUAUUGCACAGACAUUCAUGUAACGUUAUCUGAAAUGUAAAGUUGCAAACAGAAAAUCAGGACAAGAUUCACGGGGCUGUGAAGUGAUUCCUAAAAAAGAAGUGAGUAGGAAAAAAAAAAAAAAACGCUUAAUUCAGAGCAUUUGAAAAGCUGUUGUAGACAGUUAAAUUCUACUACAUACUCAACACACACACUGUGUGGUCAUUGCUUACAGCCUCAAGGAGCAACCGCUUUAUCAAAGGAGGACUACGUUCGUCUCAAAAUGCACCUCUUGAAAUGUGUAACUAUGCACAGUCGACACAGCAGUUCCCUGCACAACACUAAGGUGGCAAUAACUAACCAAAAAGUUGGCGACCUCCCCUGUCUGGUGCCAGUAACAAGAAAAGAGAGAAAGAGUUUUUUUACACAGGCUGUGACUAGCAGGAUUGAAAUAGCUUCCCGUGACAUUAGUUGCUGCCUAGCUAAGCAUUAAUCGGUGCCAAAUUAGCUUAUGGUAACAUUGCUUAAAAGCAAGAUGGCUGCCCAGGUUGAUAGGUUGAUAGCAGUUCAUGUGAUGGGUCCAGGUGCACACAUCUGCCCCCUAGUGGAUGGAGAGGGGUACCCUUUUAUUGACACAGUGAUGCAAGGUAGUAUAUCAGUAGUAUGUGGUCUACCAUGCCUGAACAGUGUUGUGACCUCAUAAGAAAAAAAAUCUGAAGGCAAGCAUCUGUAUUGAGUAUGUAGUGGGCCUAACUUGUCCUGUAUAAUGAUGACCACACGGGGGCAUCACAGGGAUAUAAUUGAACAGCUGAAGAACCAUUUGAUUGCUUUCUGAGAUCUGCUGAGAGCUAGUUUGGUGACAAAAAAAUGCAUGGUGUUUAAGUAGCCUGUCAUAGGUAAUGUGACAAAACUUUAGGUACACUUUUAACAUUCCUUGGGUUUUGCACUGAAUUCAAAGAAGGAGCACUUCACCAGAAAUGAUGUCCUUCACCAUUGCUUCCAUGCAGAUCUGAGAGGCUGGUUUUCCACAGUUUCCAUCGAUACGUCAAUGAAUUUUCAAAUUCAUCUUCUGUUAGCUUUUUACCAGGAUGUGAAUGGAACAUGGUGGGUCAGAGCACAAAAUC